UGGAGAGCAAAGCCUGCUAUUCCUAAGAUGGCAGAUCUGCCCCCUUGUCGUCUCCGCCUCCUGAAGCCUCCAUUUUAUUCAACGGGAGUAGAUUGCUUUGGCCCGUUCCAGGUCAAGAGAGGUCGGGGUACGGACAAGAGAUGGGGAAUAGUUUUCAAGUGUAUGACCACCAGGUGCAUCCACCUAGAUGUGCUGUCUAACAUGGAUACCGACUCGUUCCUUAUGUCACUCAGAAGGUUCGUGGCUAGACGGGGAACUCCCUUCGAGCUUCUCUCUGACUGUGGGACCAACUUCCGCGGAGGGGAGCAUGAGCUCAAAGCGAGUUUUGAGGCCAUGUGCGAAGAGCUGCAGACCAAGAUGGCCAAGCACCAGAUCCGUUUCCAGUUCAACCCACCAAAUGCACCUCACUUUGGUGGAGCUUGGGAGCGGGAGGUAAGAUCCAUUAAGGCUGCACUCUACGUUACUCUGGGAGCACAGACAGUUACCGAAGAAGUCUUGCAGACAGUUCUGAUUGAGGUAGAGGGAAUCCUCAACUCCAAGCCACUGGGCUAUGUGUCGACAGAUGUAGCUGAUGUGGAUCCCGUAACUCCCAACUACCUCCUCAUGGGGCGGCCAGACUCUUCGCUUCCUCAAGUGGUGUACCCUGAAUCUGAGAUUCUCAGUCGGAGAAGGUGGCGGCACAGUCAGGUGUUAGCUGACCAGUUUUGGACCCAUUUCAUACGGAACUACUUACCUUUCCUGCAGUCAAGACAGAAAUGGGUGAAGGACACGGAGAACCUCACUGUUGGUACGGUGGUGAUGGUAAUCGACCAAAGGUUACCACGUGCACUGUGGCCCGUGGGACGAGUCACGAAGACCAUUAGGAGUGUCGAUGGGAAAGUGAGGACUGCUGAGGUGCAGGUGGACGAGAGGACCUACACCAGACCAGUAGCCAAGCUCAUUGAGUUGCCUGCCAUCCCAGAGGAUGCCUCGACGACAGCUCCUGGGGAUAGUUGAGCCUUUCUGGGAGAUAAUUUACACUGUAAAUUAUGGGGCGGCUGUGCAAAAGGCUCAAGUGCUGUGAGCAUGGACAGAGCCUGUACAGAGUGUUCGCUCAGGCCACGCCCCCUUUUUUCCAACAUGUUGAGACAUGCCCUGGCUUGCAGAGGGCUGUCAGUUGAGUUUCAGUUUAUCAGUUAAGUUUCAGUUGGUGUUCGUGUGCGUCAGUGACCACAAAAUUUCAGAGAAAAGUGAUGGAAAUGCUAGUGGAAAUGCGUGAGGAUAUCCGCUCAUUGAAGAAACGGGAUGCAGAAAAGUACAAAGCAACUCAAAUUCAACAAGCGUCAACUGUUGAGGUGCUAAACCUCCUUGAUAGAUCCCUCGACUCCCUGGAGGAAAAACCGAAGCUGAUGAAUGCCUUGUCCAGGGUGGGAGGAGUCCUCUUAAAAGACAAUGUUAAAAGGGUCAUGGAGAAUGCUUCGACCUAGAGAGUGCCUUCUACUCAAAUGUGCUCUAUUGUGACCAGCCAAGGAAAAGGAGAACACACACAGACCAUAGUUGCAUUACCAAGGACUCACCCAUGCAACAAACACAGCUGCUGCCACCCACCUUUUUGUGUCCUCCAAAAGGUGGGACUUUGCUGUGACCCUAGAGACACCCUGAGCUAUGUAUGCACCAAACAGUGUGUCAAUCCAUCCAGUAGAUUUUGAAAUAUUUGGAUAAGUGAAAACUUUGUGUUUCCUUACAGUAAAGUCACGAUCUCUCCCA